UUGUCUUUGUAUGCGAUUAUUUUAGUGUCCGGAAUAACACCUGUCACAAUGGGAACAAAUUUAAUUUUCUGACAAGUGCCAACAAAACGUCAUAAAAUAGAAUUUAUAGAAUAAGUCAUUGUCAAACUUGAGGUGCGACAAUUGCCUUUCUACAAAAGAGUGGUGUUUAUUGAGUAAAUUAAAUGACACUUAUAAAUUAAUUAAUUGUCAAAGGUCCAUACUUAGUGGCGGUGCGUGGUUUCCUUUCCCAAUGUAAUCGCAAUACAUGUACAAACCGACGAAACUAUGGCUUCCUUUUUGAAAUACCUCUUUGCCGGUUUGGUCCGGUAUUGGCUGAUGCACAUAGAUUACUGGCAAACAAUAUCGAACAGAGUGGAGAUAGCUACACCUCUGAACUCUUGGAAGAGAUUAGUCGAGGGCGUGUACCUUUACGAUCAUAAUGUGAACCCUUACGAAGGAGAUGCCUUCCACGAAUCACCCAUAAUGCUCAUAAUCUUCUACUACAUCAUGAAGAAGGCUCCAUUCGUAUUGCCACUCUUGUUUACGUUACUUGACCUACUGACGGCGUUUUUGCUAUACAGAAUGUCGAAAGCUUUUGUAAGAAUUUUAAAGGAUUCUCAAGACAAAAUUAUGGAUGAGAUAGCUGAGGAUUCAAAGUCUAUGCUCCUGUGUAAUUCGCAACUUAAUGAAGCAUCGGAGUAUGUGCUGUCAGUUUAUCUGUUCAAUCCUUACUCUAUAUUAAAUUGUGCUGGUAUGACUACUACAGUUAUACAGAAUUUGUUAGUGGCAGCUGCUUUAUGGAGUGCGUCUGGUGGGCGCAGGGUGCCAGCUUGUGCGUUCGUGGCGCUUGCUACACACCAGGCUCUCUACCCAGUGCUGCUCAUUGUGCCGGUGGCCAUAUUGCUGGCGGAUGUCAAUAAGGGUUGCAACAAGUGCUCCUAUAUCAGGACUUUGCUGGUAUUUGUCUUGUGCUGGGGAUUCCUUAUUUAUAUCUCAGCAUUUAUUAUGAAUGGUUCUUAUCAGUAUGUGUACAACACUUACGGUUUCAUAUUAACUGUACCAGACUUGAAACCAAACAUUGGUCUGUUCUGGUAUUUCUUUACGGAGAUGUUUGAGCACUUCAGACUGCUGUUUGUGUGUGCGUUCCAAAUCAAUGCCCUGGCUCUGUAUGUGAUCCCUCUUACAUUGCGCUUCAAGACGGAGCCUAUUCUGCUUGCUACGGUUCUGAUUGCUCUCUCGGCCAUAUUCAGAUCUUAUCCUUGUGUGGGAGAUGUUGGAUUUUACUUGGCUCUAUUACCUAUGUGGAAACAUCUAUUUACCUUUAUGCAACAGAAGUUUAUAGUUGGCUGUGCAUUCAUCAUUACUUCAGCUCUUGGACCAACAGUGUGGCACCUCUGGAUAUACUCUGGCUCAGCAAAUGCCAAUUUCUUCUUUGGGGUUACACUCUCCUUUGCAACAGCGCAAAUAUUUUUAAUAACGGACUUACUUUUUGCAUUUAUCAAGAGGGAAUUUACCCUUAAACAUGGCUCAUCAAGAGAGGUAGACGGGAAACCUGCCAAGUUAGUGUUGCGAUAAUACCAAAGUUGUGUCAUUCUAGUGAUAACUAUGUGAUUUUCUAAGAAAAAAUGUACAACUUUGUUGGUUGUUAAUAAGGAUUAUUUCUAAUUGUAUGCCAAGCCAGUAAAAUAAUGUUUACAACCAACAAUGGGAUACCUUUUACCAGAAAACAGCAUUUUACAAUUAACAAUUACUUACUUUUUAAUUCUUUUUUAGUUUGUAUUACAUUAAUGCUUAAUAAUCUUGAGCAGAAGUUUAGUUAAUUAUGCUCAAUUUUAUUGAAUUAUAGUAUAUUAAUGACGAGUUUUGUACCUACUGCGAAAUAUUCUAGUAUGAUUGUCAGUUGUGUGGCAAGUAAUUAAAUUACUUCUUUAUGUAUUUACUUACUUCUUUGUGUAUUCAUUAUGUAUGAUAGUCUCAUAUACAUGGCACAUUAAUUUAUUGAAGCCAAAAGGACAUCUCGUCAUUAUUAUUAUUUCUAAACGAACAAAAUGUAUACAUCCAUAAUUUCCCGCUGAAAUUAUGAUGGUACUCAAGUAAAAAUUUAUGAGAAUGUGUUCUUGAACUUUAAGUUAACUAUACAUUUGAUAUCAUGUCCAGGUACCCCACCUAUAUAUAUAUAUAUAUUAUAGAUAGAUACCCCAUCUAGUGGGUUCUCUGUUGUCAUGGGUCUACUAUUUUACUCAGGUGGUUGGUUGAGUGAUUGAGCUUUUUUUAUCGGUGUGCAACUGUUUUGUUUUAAAACAAAAUGCUUAAACAAGAUAGACCCAAAUGAAGAUUUACGAAAAAUGUUUACUACUAAUUGACUAGCUGAGUUAAAUGGUAAGGCUCUAUUGUAUACUCUGCAAUAAAUAUACGUGAAAAUAACAGUAGGAAAAAUAAAAGUAUUACUAGUUGGCAUUGUUUUGCAGAUUAAGUAUUAAUAUAGGUACCUACAUUCAAAUUUAAAAGUGAGUGAACAUCAUUAGUAUCAAGUCCCAAUUCUAUGUGUACCUAUUGUAUAUUCAGAUAGGCAAUUAUAAUUAUGACAAGAUACUAAGUAAUAUAUGCAAAUUGCAAAUUUAUUUUCUGCAAUUGAAAUAGAAGGAUGUUUUUUUUUUAUUAAAUGUUUAUAUGUUUGAGUAAAAGGGCUGUCUUAUUUAUCACAACUUAGAACUUAGUUAGUAUCUAUGAUUGUACUGAAGUCAAUAAAACAAAAUAUUUUUAAUAA